UCGUACACAGUAACAACAUGAACGUUGUACUAUUCUCGGGUCUAAUUUUAUUCGUGAUCUUCCGCACAGCCUACGCAUUGCAGUGUUAUCAAUGUACUCACGACCUAAGUAAUCCGAAUGAAGAUUGUAUCGAUCCAGACAUCAAGUAUUUGCAGAAUUGUACCAACACCAAUGAUGCAACGGAACAAGUAACCAAUUGGGAUUGCAAUAACACGGGGAACUAUACUAGUACGACCGUCUUGUUCGUGUACCGCAACUGUAUUCCCAGGCAUCCUGUGUUCCCUGACUGUACGAUAGGUGGACCUAUUGAGCAUUGGAUAUUUUUUCGCUGCGCCUGUAAUUUCGAAGAUGGAUGCAACUCUUUUGUACCGAAACCGUGGGGUGGAAACAUAACUUCAACACCGUCUUUUGAAACGACUACUCCAUCUGAUGGCGGAAACGGCGGAGGAAAUUUGCGAUUGUCGUCAACGUUUAUUGUUUACAGUUUACUAGCUUACAGCCUUUGUUAUAUCGCUAAAGAUUAG